AUGGAAAUUCUAGAACAUCGAAAGUGGAUGUACAAUAGAAAUUUCCCAAACCGAGGAGGAUUACGACAAGAAUUUGUCAAUGGUGUUCGACAUUUUAUUGAUACAGUUACAAAACAACCUCAAUUUGUACUUGAAGGCAGUGUUAUUAGAUGUCCGUGCAACAAACAUAAAAAUACGAUUUUCUCAACUCCGGAUGAGGUUUCACUAGAUUUAUAUAAAUAUGGUUUCAUGCCAAGAUACUGGUGUUGGGAUUCACAUGGAGAGAGUCCUUUGCAUUUGAAUGUAGAUCAAGAUAAUCAAGAAGGUACAUGUUCUUUUUCGCAUGCUAAUGUGCCAAUAAAAAAUUCGUAUGAAUCUAUGGUGGUUGAUGCUGUUGGAUCAGAAUUUAUGAGUCAAUUUGAAGAACACAUGGAAGAGCCUCCGAAUACAGAAGCUAAAAUAUUUUAUGAUUUAUUACAGUCUGCUCAGCGCCCAUUAUUUGAGGGAUGUAUUGAUCAUUCAGAAUUAUCAAUGGCAGUUAAAAUGUUGAGUAUAAAAGCUAAAGGAAAUGUAUCUCAACAAAUCUUUGAUGAUUUCGUGAAAGCUAUGAAAGAAGUGAUGCCGAAGGAUAACUUACUUGUUUCCAAUUUUUAUGAAGCAAAGAAGCUAGUAUCGAAACUUGGCAUGGAAAGCAAUAAAAUUGAUUGUUGCAUUAAUGGUUGUAUGCUGUAUUACAAUGAGGAUGAUAUACCAAGAAAGGAAUGUAAAUUUUGUCAUUCUCCAAGGUAUAAGAUAGGUAAAAAGGGUAAACAAGUCCCUUUGAAACGAAUGCACUAUUUACCGCUUAUACCUCGUUUAAGAAGACUUUAUGCUUCAAUGAGCACAGCACCUCACAUGCGAUGGCAUUUUGAUCACGAGUUUAAAGGAGUUUUUGAGCAUCCAUCGGAUUCAAAAGCAUGGAAUUAUUUUGAUAGAAAACAUCCACAAUUUUCUCAAGAACCACGCAAUGUCAGACUAGGAUUAUCUGCUGAUGGAUUCACCCCUUUUGGUCAAUCUGGUAAACAAUAUUCAUGUUGGCCAAUAAUUAUCACUCCUUAUAACCUGCAUCCUUCUAUGUGCAUGAAAACUCCUUACAUGUUUUUAUCCAUGAUUAUCCCUGGUCCUCGUAAUCCCAAAACUAGAAUUGAUGUAUACCUGCAGCCCUUGAUUGAUGAGCUAAAACUACUAUGGGAAGAUGGAGUUUUAACUUAUGAUAUUCAUUCCAAGUCAAAUUUUGUAAUGCGAACUGCAUUGUUGUGGACUAUUAAUGAUUUUCCUGCAUAUGAAAUGUUGUCUGGAUGGAUGACAACAGCCAGGCUAGCAUGCCCAUACUGUAUGGAACGAAGAAAGGCAUUCCAAUUAAAAAAUGGGGAAAAGCCAUCAUGGUUUGAUUGCCACAGACAAUUCUUGCCAGAUAAUCACAUGUUUAGAAGAAACAAGGAUGCAUUCUAUAAGAAUAGAAUUGAGAGAUCAGAACCUCCGCCAAGAUUGACUGGAGAGAAAAUAUGGGAUAUAGUUCAGAAUUAUGAUAAGAUAAGUGAUGUUGAGCAACUUGAGAUAGAAGGAUAUGGAAGUAUGCAUAAUUGGACCAAAAGAAGCAUAUUUUGGGAUUUGCCUUAUUGGCGUCAUAAUUUAAUCCGUCAUAACCUUGAUGUAAUGCAUAUUGAGAAGAAUGUAUUUGAUAAUAUAUUUAAUACUGUCAUGGACAUCAAAGAGAAGACUAAAGAUAAUGCAAAGGCUAGAAUGGAUCUGUCAUUAUACUGCAAGCGAAAAAGUUUAGAACUGUCAGAACAAAGUGGAGGUAAAAUUAUAAAACCCAAAGCAAAUUACACAUUUACCUUCCAGCAAAAGAGGAUAUGGAAGCCAAUAACAGAGUUAAGUCAAUUUUUUCGAGAUUUAUGCUCAACAUCGUUACGAGAAGAUGUUCUCAAUAAGCUUGAAGAAAAUAUUCCAAUUGUGCUAUGCAAGUUAGAACGUAUUUUUCCUCCUGGAUUUUUUGACUCAAUGGAACAUCUAGCUAUUCAUUUGCCAUUUGAAGCAUUGCUCGGUGGUCCUGAGCAAUAUAGAUGGAUGUAUCCUUUUGAGAGAUUUCUUCAUCAUCUUAAGAAAAAGGUCAAGAACAAAGCACAUGUUGAAGGAUCUAUCAUUGAAUCAUAUCUAAUUGAGGAGAUUUCUCACUUUUGCGAGUACUAUUUUAGCCAAACUAGCAUCGACACAAAGCAAAAUGAUGAGGGUGAUGAUUCAUUGCAACCAACUUUGUCUAUUUUUAAUUUACCUGGUUGUUUGGCUGGUGAAUGUAAAACUCGUUAUUUAGAUGACAAAGAAUUCAGUGCAGCCAUGAAUCAUAUACUAAUAAACUGUGAUGAAAUUAAGCCAUAUAUUGAAUGA